AUAGGAACAAGAAGAAGCGAGGACCACUUAAAUGGAGGAAUCGAUUGUAUUUCGUCCAAAGUAACGCAAUUAAAUGAAUCGGUGAUAGAACCAAAAAAAAACACCUCCGAUCUCGGCGAGCGAGAGAGAGAGAGAGAGAUACGAUCUGUGAUUGUGAGAGAGAAUGGAUCAGAUCUUGAACAAGGUAGGCUCGUACUGGUUAGGUAAGAAAGCGAACAAGCAGCUCGAUUCCGUCGGUGACGAUAUCAACUCUUUGUCUACAAGCAUCGAAGGAGGAACAAAAUGGUUGGUGAACAAAAUCAAAGGAAAAAUGCAGAAGCCAUUACCCGAGUUACUUAAGGAGUUUGGUUUGCCUGUGGGGAUCUUUCCACGUGAUGCAACCAACUACGAGUUCAAUGAACAGACGAGGAAACUAACCGUCUUUAUUCCAUCAAUCUGCGAAGUUGGCUACAAAGAUUCAUCAGUCUUGAGAUUCACCACAACAGUUACCGGAUUUCUAGAGAAAGGAAAACUAGCCGAUGUUGAAGGGAUGAAGACAAAAGUAAUGAUAUGGGUUAAAGUCACAAGUAUUUCUGCUGAUUCUUCAAAGGUACAUUUCACAGCAGGGAUGAAGAAAAUCAGAAGCCGUGAUGCUUAUGAGGUUUUAAGAGAUGGCGUUGAGAUUGAUAAAUUCUAGCUCUGUUAUGCGGGUAAUUCCCAAUUCUUUUAUCCUCUUUCUCCAAUCUAUAUCUUUAAAGUUUCAAGUUUCUUUUUUUUUUCUUAAAAAUGGUUUCUGUAUAUGCUGAUUUUCAAUUAUGCUGGAGUUCAUGAAUUUGAUAAACUGAAGAAGAUGGUAACUCAGUACACCAAACAAUGUUCUUAUGUCUUUUUGUAUUA